GAAGUACCUUGCUACUGCACAACAACAACAACUCAUGAAAUACAUCUUCAAAAAUUUCAACCACAAGGAUCUCAAAGAACAAGAAGCUUCAAUUCUCACAGAAAUCGGAGCUGGUUCUUGUGGCGAAGUGGAAAGUCCAAUGUUUCAAAAAUCGGAUGGUGAUUCCAAGAGAGAAGGCAAACAUGUAGAAUUUAUGCCUCCAAGCAUGGGUGAAAAUUUAAGAGCAGCAAAUCAAUUUGAACUAAUGGCACCCUCCUCAAUUGCAUUUAAAUCAUACCCCUAUUCAGAAGUACCACAAUAUUCUGGUGGCAAUGUUACUAUUGCUUGUGGUGAACCUAUGGUAAAUCAAAAUAUGGAGAGAUCAUCAGCAGUUCAUCAUAAUGGAAGAAUGAUUUUGCCAGUUGAAGUGAAAGAGGAGCCAAUGUAUGUAAAUGCAAAACAAUACCAUGGAAUUCUUAGACGAAGGCAACUUCGUGCUAAGGCUGUGUUGCAACAAAAAGUGGUCAAAUCUCGAAAGCCUUAUCUUCACGAAUCGCGUCACCGACACGCGAUGAGGAGAGCUAGAGAUGGUGGAGGUAGAUUUCUCAACACAAAGAAGAAGACCCAAUCUACUACUACAACUAAUAACAACACUACUCCAAGUAGUAAAGGCAAAAGUUCAAUGGAUUCUGAUUCUUCUCCAAAUUACCUACUCAAUUAUGAACAUGAAAUUGGAUCAUCCAAUCAUAGUAAUUCUGUUGAAGGAUUUCAGUUCCAAUCUGGAAUACAUGAUACUACAGAAAAUCUUCAAUUGGGUUGUCAUUAUCAGUGGAACCUCAAUGACAACAACCAUUGCAAUUGCAUGCACUCGGAACAUUUCUGAAGAGAGUCGCUCUGCAAGACGUCUAGUAGUCUUCUGAGUCACUCUGCAAGAUGUCUAGUAGUCUUUUGAGUCACUCUGCAAGACUUCUAGUAGUCUUUUGAGUCACUCUGCAAGACUUCUAGUAGUCUUUUGAGUUACUCUGCAAGACGUCUAGUAGUCUUUUGACUUGGUCUUCGAGUCAUAAGUACCACUUAAUUCAUACCCAUCUGAAUGAUACAUACUAUAGUUUAAUUUACUCUUUUGGGAGUUAUGUAAAUAUCCAAUAUCCCUGGAGUUGUAAUUAUCAUAUGUAUAUGUAAUAAACAAUACUUGUAGUGUAUGUUUUAGGUUUUCAGUGAGGCAUGUAUGAUAUAUAAGGUGUUUGUAUAA